AUUUCAUUCUGACAAUUACACCUCUAAUUCACUCAGUCAUCAUAAUUGGUAUCCUAUGUAGUAUAAUAGUGAACAAAGUCAUGUAUACUUCCAUCAUAACCCCUUUGUGGAUCAAAUUCAAAAGGCUCAGUUGUAUUACUGGCUAUUUAUUACAACGGCUUAUGGGGAAAAACCAUAUUUUUAGAAUACUGUUGACUAUUUACUACAGUUGCUUAUGGGAAAAUGGUGUAUUUUAGAAGAUUUAGAUUCUUUUGUUGCUGUCAUUUUGAAGUUCUUGUCAGUCAAGUUUGCAGGAUAGGACAACAAUAAAGUCAUAAAUGGUUACAGUUUCUGACAGUGAAUUUUAUACAGUGCAUUCAUCAGUUUAAGAGUAGUGCAUUCAUAUUUACUACUGACAAGGAAUAGAAAAAGAAAUAAACUUUACUUACAACAUGAACAAAUUCUUUUUUUCUUAGAAAUAUAGAUGUUAGUUCCCUGAUGUGCCAGUUCCCUUACCUUCAAAUAUGUCAUACUAGUAUUAAGUUUUGUAUUAAAUUUCCCAUCUAUUAGGAAAUGUUGUAAGGUGAGAAAUGUGUAUCAGUGCUGGUGGAGCAUUGGGAAGAAAUGGCUUUGCUACUAAAUAUCCUCAGCAGCAGGUGGGUGUAAUUUACAGCCCAAAAGAGACAGAAAGGUGGAAUUAUAGCAGCCUAGCUUAAGGAAGAACAGUCUCUCUUUUGGAGGAACUCUUUCAUAUCCUGAUGGAAGGUUUUGGUGAAAGACCAUAGUCUUUUCCUUCAGAAGAAAAUGAAAUGCCAUUUAUCCAACAAGUGCUUGAGUUUCAUUGUGUUUCACUAUGCUUUCAGCAAUUUUGCCAGUAAGAAGUAUACAAAGUUCAUUGGAAAUAAAUACAUUUAGUAUGACUUCUGUCAGUUGUACCUAUCCUAAUUUUUGUGGGUUUGGGGGAGUGAGAGGGGAAGGGGUUUUUUCAGAUGGCAGAAGAUGCAGGCAGGAGCUGUAAGGACACAGAGGGAAAGGCAGGCAUUUCUUCUAUUAGAGGAGACCAGAGGAACUGAGGUCAUUCAAUAUUCAGUUAGGUAGCUGAAAACCAACAUGACUGCAUUCUAAAAGUGCACUACAGGAUGGGAGGAGAAGAGACAACAGGCAGAAGCUGGCCAGGGGUUCAGGAACAGCUUUCUAGGAAGAGCCCUAGGGGAUUUAGGGAGGAGUUUCUUAAAUGUAUAUUUGAGAUUAUAUGCUGUCAUUUAGAGCAGGGGCGGGAAGUCUCUCACAGUGCUGUAUUCUGGACUCAACCUCUUACUCUACCCCUAAGAAGUCUAGCAGCUAUUUCCUUUUCUUUAUCAGAAGGACAGUUUGAGGUUUGAGGACAUAGCCCAUGCUCUUAUCUUACUUCACGUCUUGAGUCACUCAGACUUUUUGUAAUAAAAAAAUGUAAGAUGCUCAGCACUGCCACAGGAGGACUGAAAAGUGAAGAUGUCAAACCAUUUACUCCUGAGAAAACCAAGGAAAUUGUGAUGUCUCUUCAGCAACCUGCAGUCUUCUGUAACAUGGUUGGCGACUGGCCAGCCCUGCACUGGAAUGCGAAAUACCUUUCUGCGGUGUUGGAUGGAAAGACAAUCCAAUUUAGGCUAGGUCUGAAGACAGUGGAUUUAGUUCCCCAGUUUGAAACCAGGUGUAACUACGUGAAGGCUACACUUGAAGAGUUUUUGGCGUGGAGUUGUGGGCAGCUGUCUUGUCUCUCUGGACCAUUCAGUUGUUACGAGUACUCCAAAUAUUGGGCUUAUGCUGACUACAAAUACAUUGCCAGGAUAUUUGAAGACAAGCCAGAAAUUUUCCAGGAUAUAAGGUGGUCUGACUUUGGUUUUCCUGGAAGAAGUGGAAAAGAGAGCACGCUGUGGAUUGGUUCUGAAGGAGCAAACACCCCCUGCCAUUUGGACUCCUACGGCUGCAACUUAGUGUUGCAAGUACAAGGAAGGAAGAGAUGGCACCUCUUCCCACCUGGUGACACCAGUUUCCUUUAUCCCACCAGGAUCCCUUAUGAAGAAUCCAGCAUAUUCAGCAAAGUCAACGUUGCCAACCCUGACCUGAAACGCUUUCCUGAGUUUAGGAACACAACAGCCCAUGUGGUUACACUCAAUCCAGGACAGGUUCUGCUCGUUCCAAGGCACUGGUGGCACUACGUGGAAUCCAUUGAUCCCAUCACUGUCAGCAUAAACUCUUGGAUUGAACUGGAUGCAGAUCAUGAAGCCCGUGUAGAAGAAGCAAUAACUCGAAUGCUAGUAUGUGCCAUAAAAUCAGCAGAAAAUCCCAGUGCUGGAGACGUGUGGCUAAAUCCCACAGAGGUUGAGGCAACAUCCCAUGAAAUCAAUCUUCAGUACCUGAAUAAAGCAGUGUCUGCAUAUUUCAAGUGUCAAAAGGCAAGUGUGUCAGAGCAGGCGUGUUCCAGCAGCACUGGCACAGAGCAAAGGACAAGUGCCUCACGCAAGAGGAAGAAAAGGGAAGUUGGCUGUGAACCAGAGGGCUACAGAUUACUAACCCAUGAAUUUGGCUUUUCAUCAUUUAAAGCAGAAAAGCUGCAGAAAAUACCUUUUGGGCCUCAUCUUAUUCAAGUUUUACCACAGCCUCAAGAAACAAGCUCAAUGGGUGCAGUUGCAGUUGAAAGUGACAGUAGAGAUCUUCUCCAUGAAAAUGAAGGAGGACAUUUUGGAAAAUUACACUGCACCAGGAAGCAAUUGGUAAUGAGUAAUGACUGUGAAACACCUGCACAUCAAAUAGAUUCAGACGGCAGUCCAAAUGCCUCAGAAACAGCCCUUUCUACCAAUGAUUUGCUAGACUGUUUGGUUAAUCCGCAUGUCAUCAAUUUAGUGGCUCGGCUGCUGUUAGAGAGAACAAGAGUUUAAUGCUGGAGUGCUUUAUCAUUUCUGAAAUAGAGAAAUCAAAUGGCAGCCUUGUUUUGGGUGUUUAAGGUCUGUAAUAAUUGAAUGUUUUAUUUCAAAUAAUUUUUAGGUACAGACAGACAGAGUUAAUGGUUAAGUGGCAGAUUUAAGUUGAGCUGAAAGAAGAAUAACUGGUUAAUGAUGGCUGGGAAGAGAAACAUGUGUCUCUGAGUCAGAGAGCUCCUCAGUGUUACAAACAAAACAGAGCAUACACAGUUAUACUCCCACCAUGAUGUGUGGAUGGGAUCUUUAAAGUGUUCUACGGCUCUGAGCUGUGAAACAAGUAUGGCUUGACAAUGGGAGUGGGUGCUGGGACGUGGUUACAUAGCAGAGGAGGACUGAGAGUGGGAGAACAUAGACUGACUUACUGUAGGCUGCAGCCCUUGACCACAUUUGAAGUGAAAUGGUCAAUAAGUGAUCAGUUGAUCACAUUAGAAAUAUUAAGCUCAAAUAAACCUAACCUCAGCCAAGAGGCAA